CGGUGAAAACAACGGCCAGUGCCUGCCACGUCUAGAACAGCGGCGGGUGUUACUGGUUUUCCUCGUCACUCUGCUAGUAAUUCAGCACCAGCCUCCUCCAGACUCCCCACGGCGCCGCCCACACUGUCCUGCAAACUGUCAGUUCAUCACAGCAAGAUGGGCCAGCACAACAUCCUGUCCUGGGCCGCACCACCCCUGCUGUUGCUGCUGCUGCUCCUCACCACCACCAAUGCCAAACCUGCACCUUCCAUCCCACCCUCCUUCCCCUCCAUGCUGUCCAGCCCCACCAUGGAGGGGAAGCUACUUGUACCUAUUGGGGGACAAAAAUCAGGCUAUUCCUCACCUCCUUCACGUCAGAUGGAACCUCCGCCACCCUCUACCAGCAUCUCCAAGACUGUAGGGAGCUCUGCUGCCCCAGCCCCACCAUCAAAUAAAACCAUCACCUUAUCAAAAGAACUUCAGCUGCCACAAACAAAGGAAGGGGCAUUGGAGUCUGCCAAGGAUGGUGCUGGUGGAGCCAAGACAAAUGCCACUGAGGUGAAGGACAAGGAGGCUGCCAGGGAGGAGAAUGAUAAGGGUAGUGUAGAGGGUGAUAAGGAUAAGGAGGAGCAGAAGGAUGAGGGAUCUAUUGCAAAGAAGAAUGAAGGGGCUGCGGUGAAUAAUGGGUCUGCUGCAGUGAGCCCAGACGAAGAGGACAAGACUGAGAAGAAGGUUGUGGUGUUGGCAGGUGAUGGGGAAAAGGCUGGGGAGUCUGCCGGGACUAAAACAGAAGAGGGUGGAGCUGAUGGGGCAGAUGCAAGUGGGGCUAAACCAAAUGAGGGACAAGAAAAAACACCAAAUACCCCAGCAAAUCCCCCGCAGAACAACACAAAAGUAGAGAACCCCCAACCAGCACCUUCUCCCCCAGUGAAGCCCCCAACCUCUGCUGCCCCCACCCCUAAACAACAAGAGAACCCCCCACCACACAUACCACCAAACACCACCACCACCACCACUACUACCACCACCACCACAACCACCACCACCAAGGCUGUGAUUAAGGAGGAAGAGGAGGAGGAAGAGGACCAAGGCUUUGUGGUGGAUAAUGGUGAUAAUGUUGAUAUGACACAGUACAUUGACAGUGGCAGAAGAGACCCAAUUGAUAACCCACCUUUGCUUGCAGGAGGGGGCGGGGGUGGCAGCAUGAGAGGGGAGGUGAGGUGAAUGAAGGCCAAUUUAGAGAUGACGAAGGCUCCCAUUUCUUCGCCUACUUUCUGACAGUGAUGGUGACGGCUAUCAUCUUCUACCUGGUCUUCCAUAACAAGCAGAGGAUCAUUGCUUUAAUCAUCGAGGGACGUGCGCCAUCCUCCCGCCGCCGCCGCCGCUCCAGUACCGGCUCCCGCGCACGUUACACACGCCUAGACAACACCCUAGAGGAAGCCAUCACUGCCACCCGCGCUGACAAGGACACACAUCGCGCCCUCUAGUGGAUGUGAGGUGCUGGUGUGUGGUGUUGUGUAUGGCUGAGUGAGGUGAUGUGUAUGUGUGUGUGGUGAUAGAGAGAGAGAGAGAGAAAGAGAGAGUGUGUGUGUUUAGUGUUUUUGUGUGAGAGAAAGUUUUAUUUGUUACGGAAAGAUUUGAAUAUUUUUGUUCCCUUGAGAUUUAUUGAGUUGAUUUUGUUUUUUUUUUUUUUUUUUACUAAACAAUCUCUCUCUCUCUCUCUCUCUCUCUCUCUCUCUCUCUCUCUCUCUCUCUCUCUCUCUCUCUCUCUCUCUCUCUCUCUCUCUCUCUCUCUCUAAGCUUAAUGUUUCAGCUUAACUAGACUAGAAAUUGGCAUACCAGACUCAGAUGAUGCUGGUAGAAUGAUUUGAAGUGUGUAUAUGGAUACACACACACACACACACACACACACACACACACACACACACACACACACACACACACACACACACACACACACACA